AAUAACUUUGUGCAAGCGUUCGUCGCGUUUCCAUUGCGAGAUGUAUUCCUAGAGUAUUUGGCCUCACAGAGGGAAUCAUAAGUACGCAUCUUUGCUUGUGCGUUCGAGCAUUUGUUUACUUAUCACUGAACCAGCGCGUGGCUGUGCUACAUUAAUCGUCAACCAUGAGGCUCGCGGCACCUGCUUUCCUAAAAUUCCUAUUCUGGUGCAUCGUUGUUCAGCCUUCCUGCGCCUUCUUUGAUUUCGCACAGUUGAAGGAAAAUAUCCGAUCAGGCGUUAAGUUUGCGUUUGAAGCAACUAGAGAUAACACCAUCUGCCGGUACCGUGAAUGCUGUACACGGGAUUAUAUUCCUGCCGACAUUUACGCACUGAGAAGGUCGCUCGAUGCGAACCUGUUUGGGCAACACAUUGCCAAGAAGCUGGUUGUGGACGCUAUCGGAGGUCACUUUCAGCAAAUUCACAAGUCUGAGAAACCAUUAGUGAUAAGCUUUCACGGUGCUCCUGGUACGGGUAAAAAUUACAUAGCAGAGCACAUUGCCAACGCUUUGUUCCAGAAGGGUUCCCAGAGUGACUUCGUGCACAAAUACUUGGGAAGGAUAGACUUUCCUCUCGAGAGCAGAAUUAACGAGUACAAGUUUCGGCUUGUUGAAGACAUCAAGCGAGCGACCGCGAAAUGCCCUACGUCGUUAUUUAUCUUCGAUGAAGUAGAAAAGAUGCCGGCCGGACUGUUCGACACGAUCGUAUCGCUGCUGGACAAUCAUGCGUACACGAAAGAGCACAACUUUCGACAGUCCAUCUUCGUCUUUCUAUCGAACGUCGCGGGACCGGAAAUAGCGAACCAGUUGAAGCUUAUCCUAGAUAAGGGUACUUGGCGCGAGGGUACUAAAUUGCAUGAUUUCGAACAAACGCUAGAAAUUAGCGCCUACAAUCUCGAAGGUGGCCUGUACCGAAGUGAGAUGAUUGAGUCGCACGUGGUGGACCACUUUGUACCGUUUCUGCCGCUCGAGCAACGACAUGUGGAAAAAUGCAUCAUCCGAGAGUAUCAUAAAUUAACCGGCAGUGAGAAUAUUGACGAGACUUUACUCAAAGAUAUCCUGCGAGAAGCAGUCACGUUCGAUGAAACAGGCAUUUUCUCCAACAACGGCUGCAAGCGCGUAAGUAAGAAGGUAGAGUCGUUCUACUACAACCGACUUCGCAAGGCCCACCGAAACGAGGAACUGUGAUCGUAUCGAGUUGGUGUUUUAAGAAGUUGCUUCGGUUGGCCUGGCCAUAUAAUUCUAAUUUUUUGAGGCUGUAAAGUGUGUCUCGGUGAAAUGAAAAAGAAUAAAAAAGGAAACCCUUACUCGACCUUUACUGGC